UCAGUAAGGAGAUGGGCAUAGGUUCAGAUAUAUCUUCUACUCAUCCAUCUUAGCUCCCUUAACCCUCCCAUCUAGGGAGCAGGGAGCCCCCAUGCUAAGAAACAAUGUCGUGGUUAACAGAAAUGUUUUUAACAUUAAUCAGCUUUUAUUCCGGGAUAGCCAGGCUAACCUUUCUCCUUCCCUUCACAGUAUAUAGAGCAUGGAAACUUUCUAUGGAAUAUCCACCUUUCCUAAUAGAGGAUGAGGUUUAUGCAGACGAAGACGACUAUAAUUAUAGAGACGAGGAUCCUGAAUCUAAAUUAGCUCUCAGUGAUCUUGGAGCAGACUCGUCUUUUGAGAUAGAUUAUGGGUUCAGUAACUUCACGGUGCCCCAGGGAGGAGGCUUCUUUUCAGGACUAAAACAUGAAAAUGAAACUUCGAGAGGAAAAUAUGGUUUUCAAAAAUCCCAAAGUAAAUCUCCUCUUCCUUCGGGCUGGGGGUGGGGUCAAGGAGAUGAUCAAGAUAGACUAGACACCGCUGAAGAAGAAUUAGCUGAAGCAGAACGGCUCUACCGUCAAGAACGAUCAAGAUCGAAAACUCCAGAUGUCGAUCUGAGACGUAGGUCUAAAAGUCCUAGAGCAAGCCUCCCAAGGCAGGAUGAAAAUGAGGAGAGGGAACCGAGAUCUAUUUGGGAUUGGGGUUGGGGUUGGGCUAGGUUAGAUGAGAAUAUGGUGAACGAAGAAAGUAGAGAAGCUAGAAUAUCGCAGCAGGAGCAAGAUAGAUAUAAACAUGCAUCCAUUCUUCAAACAAAUAAAUCCAAAAAGAGGAAGAAGAAGAAGAAGAAACCGGAAGAUUCUGGAAGAUUUGACUGGAGUUGGAACUGGUUAAAUCCAGAUUCUCCUCCAGAGGAAGAAAGUAGCUCCGGAGUAACAGAGGAGGAAGGAAAACAAGUUUCUUUCGAGAAGGAUAGAAGAGUCGACUCCGGGUAUCCCGGUAGACGAAAAGAUGAAGAUUUUUCUGGAGGAAGAAGAAGUCCAACCCUGAAGUCCGCCAAGGUUAAGGAGAGUACAGAGAAGAAGAGGAUGGAAAGGAAGAUUGCCAAUGAAGAAAUAAAAAUUGAGGACUGUAACCUUCAAGAUGAACAAGAAAACCGAUUAAAGAUUGGCUCUCUCAUUGCUCAAUGGAAUCAUCAUGUCGAGGAGAAAGAGGCGAAAAAACUCACAUUUAAAGUUGCCAAAAAAUUAAGUCCUAAAAUCUCCCGAAAGUUUAGCCCUCGAAGCUCCUUGAGUCGGACUGAAAGGGCAGGCACGAGUCCAAUGGAAAAUUUUGGGGAAUCUGAUGAUAUUGCUAUAUCUACUCCUAUAUCUUCAAGAUCUCCUGAGGUACCCCAAGACAUUCAAUCAUCUCCCCCUGCACCCUUCAAUCUAAGGGCUAGAUCUAUAGGGCGGAGUCCAGAUGCUCCACCCCCUCCUCCUCCAGACCAGCCUAGACCAUCCAGAAUACCUGUUCUUGUAUCCUACGCAACAAACCGGAUAUCUCAAACACCUGUUUUCAACUCAACAGCCAGGAUAUCUGAAACACCUGUAUCCAGCCCUGCAUCUAGAAUACCAGUACCCGUAUCAAAUAAGGGUUUCUUGGGCCUUGACUGUUCUGAAUAUGAAGGUCCACCAAAAGUUUCCAAGUUGAAAGAGAAGUUUGAACAAUCCCCCUUUCUCAAGGAAAUUCCCACCGAGCCAAUCAAAUCUGUUGAGUACACAACUGAGCUUGGAAAAAAGGUUUUGGAGAGAAAAGUAGCCAUUGACACAUUUGCUUCCAUUGUUGAUGUGCAGCAGACCUGGAUUAAAGAUUCAAACAAGAAACUUGAUCAGAUUGAAAAAUCUGUAGGACAGUUGGCCACCAUUGUUCUUCAUCAAAACGGGAAAAGUAGCUUUGAUCUCGCCAAAGAAGCUGUUGAAGGAGGGGUUAAAAGCCAACCUGACAGUGAUGAUGAAGAAGUACCCAAGAAAACAUCGGAGAACCAGGAUGAUGAACAAACAGAUCAUGAAACUGAAAACCAGUUAGAUGCUAAAGAGGUGGAUUCUGCUGAGGAAGCAGAAGAAGAAAAGGAAGAAGAAAAGGAAGAAAUAGAAGAAUUGGAAGUAGAAGAAAAGGAAGAAGAAAAUGAGAAAGAUGUAUCUAUGGAAGAUGUCGCUGAGUUUGCAACUGAUGUUGAUCCAGCGGUUGAAGUACUAAAAAUGGCUCCGGCUGAAAUUAUUUUAGAAGAUAGUUCUGAGAAUAAUGAUAAUAAAGAAACAGAACUGAAAAAAGAGACAAAUAAGGAUCCCGAAGACGCAAUUGAAAAGGUUGAAACUGACGAAGUUAAAGUUUUGGAUAUUUUGGUUGUUCAAGAACCAUCAGUGGAGGAAUUCAUUAAUAAAGAAAAGAAAGCUGAAAAAAAAAUUGGAAGUCUUUCAAAAAUAAAAUCAAGAAUAUUUCCGAAGAAAGAGAUUUCUCUUCUUCAAAAGAACCUGAGUGUUAGCUUAGAGUCUUUGGACGUUGAUGAACCACAGUCACAAAUCUACAGAACAGUCUCAAAAGUAUCGUUAACUUCGGAAGGGAUUAAGGGAUUUAAGGCGGCUUCUUAUGAUUCUUCUUCUUUAUACAAACCAACAAUUUCAAGGUCUGAAUUGGUUUUAAAAGUUGAGAAGGAAAAGGAACAGUGCGAUUGUCACGGGGGAGAAAAGAGCAAAUAUGAGAGACGAUCAAGGGAUGAUACUGGAACAUGUGACACAACACGAGAUUCAACACGAGGCGUGGAUGGGUGCUGCCAGCAAAUUAAAGGGUUGAAGAAAGUAAUGGGACCUAGAAAUCUACUGCCGAAUGGAGAAGAUGCAUUCGGAGAUAAGGAUGUCGUUGUUAAAUAUUUUUGUAAAACCUAUGAAGUGUGAUAUAUAUUGUAAAUAGAACUAGAGACAUGGCAGAUUAUCAAAAUAAACGAUUGCAAGAGA